AUGCAAAACUCUUUAAAAAGAAGAAUUGACUUAGCAGAUUUAACAGCAAACAAUAUAGGUGUUUUUAGAACUCUUCACCAAGUCUUAUUUCCAAUUACUUAUAAUGAAAAAUUCUAUGAAGAAAGCCUAAAUAUCGGGGAAUUAGCAAAACUUGCAUAUUUUAAUGAUAUAUGUGUCGGCUGUAUUAGAUGUCAGCUGGAAGAUGAAAAACUUUAUCUUAUGACACUUGGUGUUUUAGCUGCAUAUAGGUGCAUUGGUAUAGGUCAAAAGCUUUUAGACCAUAUUUUAGAACAUGCACAGAAAUUGAAUAUAAAAAGUAUUUACUUACAUGUAUGGACAGAAAACAAAGAUGCCAUCGAAUGGUAUACAAAGCGGAAAUUCCAUAUUCUAGAAACAUUGCCAAACUAUUAUACAAAGAUUCAGCCAGGCACUGCACAUGUUUUGUCAAGAAAUAUUAUAGAUAAAUAA